UCUUAAUAUCUUAAUCACCAAUUAAAAAGUUAUCUAAUCACAAUUAUUGUGAGUUAUCAAAAUCAUUUUGAUAGAAACGUUUCAUCAAAGUCAGUUAGGAAUUAAUUAAAUUAAAUUUAUUUUAUAACAAUGAAGCUGUUUGUAGUUUUUGUUCUUUCGUGUUUUGGUUUUACUUUGUGCGGCGCUCAAGUUAUCAAUCGUGUCCGCCUGGUGGACCACACAUCCUAUGUGAUAAAUUUUAUAACCAAGACAGUGAACACUGUAGAAGACAAAGGAUGGUACAGCUUCAAGCUACCUGAUUAUGUGCAAUAUGUUAACGAAUCCCUCCUAACUUCUCCUGUGGUUGGAAAGUUGACGUACCACAAUGGUUUCGUGGUUUCAGUCCAGCAUGUGGAUAUCCAACAGUCGACUGUACAACAAGUGUGGGGAUAUAACUCCGCUUCGGGCGACACAACAGUGUCCGUCCGAGGAACGCUAAGGAUGCAUGAAGUGGCUAUCGGCUAUGACGUCAUUGCUGAACUUGACGAUGACGAUGAACCAUAUCAUUACACUAUGACGUUCGUCCAUCCGAUGAUUACUUACGCGUUUUCUGUAAUCCACGAUGCGUACAGAGGAAACCUUUCGGUUACAGUGCUAGGGACGGUCUCAAGAGUGACCAACCGAUUACCAUCAUUCAUACCCCAAGAUAGCGUGACUGACAUUAUAACAUACGUGUUUGAUCCCAACGCGGAACUUCCUGCAGGAAUGGCUGCGUGGGGUCCUGAAGUGUUUCAACCGAUCACAUAUGAGCUGGUCACAAAAGAAAUUCCUUUUCCACAGUUCUGUUAUAAUUGUGCCACAUAAACACGAAAUCACAGCAAGACAGCAUCAAGUUAGAAAAAUGAAUAAAGUUUUUUU